CUUUCUUCAGGUUAAGCCGAUAUCGAAUCUAAGUUAUUCCAGCAUGAGUGACGACGAGGACCAUAAUCGUACCUUUGAACAAAGCCAGGCAGAUGGCUCGUCGAACUAUCCAAUGCCAAUUUCGGCCAUUAGAAAACGGAGCCAUGUUAUAAUCCAAGGGAGGCCCUGUAAAAUUGUCGAGAUCAACAACUCUGGAACUAGUGUUCAUCUAGUUGGUGAAGAUAUUUUUACCGGCAGCACUCUAUCGGGUGAUUUUCAAUCUACUCAGUCUGUGGAUGUUCCUCAUGUAAGAAGAUCUGAAUAUCAGUUGGUUAAUAUUGACGAUGGAUUUCUCAAUCUAAUGACACCCGAUGGGACGGCGAAAGACGACGUAAAAGUUCCCGGUGGUGAGCUAGGAAACAUGAUCCAGGAUGAUUUCAACAGCGGAAAAGACUUGCUCAUUACCGUUAUCUCAGCAAUGGGUGAAGAACAAGCUAUAGCUGGCAAAGAAGCCCCCAAGGGGGCUUAAGGCUUCUUCUGGGUGUCAUGGUUGUUGCCUGAGGCACUGAUUACCCCGCCGCUGCCAGCCUAGUACUCUAUAGAUAGACUUGCACGCGGAAAGGGCCUGAGGCCUCUAAGCAAUUCAUUCGGUUUCAAUCCCAACACAAGAUGAUAUAGAACCGUGAACAUCUCAAGUCUUCUAGUACUAAGUAUCUUGCCACUUGCUGGCCACCAUCGCAGCCAAGGCAUACCGCCU